AUGGCAUCCAACUUAGUGCAGCUCCAAGUUCCCACAUUGAAGAAAGAAAAUUAUGAAAGAUGGUGCAUCCAAUUCAAAGCAUUGUUUGGAUCACAAGAGCUAUGGGAAGUUGUCAGUAAUGGGUAUGUUGUACCCACUACCGAGCAAGAAGCCACAUAUACUGCAGAUCAAAGGAACACUCUCAAGGAUUUACGAAAGAAUGACCAGAAGGCGUUGUAUCUUCUCUAUCAAGGAUUAGAAGAUUCAACGUUCGAGAAGGUUGCAGAAGCAACAACGAGCAAGCAAGUAUGGGACACACUCAGUACAAUCUACAAAGGAGUAGAUCGAGUCAAGAAAGUGAGGUUACAGUCACUUCAAGCAGAUUUUGAAACUGCUCACAUGAAUGAAGGGGAAAGCAUCUCCGACUAUCACUCAAGGCUCAUUGUGAUAGUAAAUCAAAUGAGGAGAAAUGGCGAGAGACUCGAUGAAGUACGAGUUGUGGAGAAGAUACUCCGGUCACUCACAUCUAAGUUUGAGCAUGUGGUGACUGCCAUUGAGGAAUCCAAGGAUUUGGAGGCGAUGAGCGCAGAGGAGCUACUAGGAUCCCUCCUAGUUCACGAGCAACGCAUUCAGAAGAAUGCAAGCCCCACAACGCUAGAGCAAGCUUUGGAGUCAAAGUUGAAUAUUGACAAACCAAAUGGAGGUCGUGGGCAGUGGAACUCACGUCGUGGGAGUUCAUCCAACCGUAGCCGAGGACGAGCCCGAGGAAGAGGUCGAGGCUAUGCACAAAAUCGAGGUCAGUCUCAGGAGUGGAGAUCUACUCGAGGAAAGGCGCAUAUCCAGUGUCACAACUGUAAGCAAUAUGGACAUUAUGCCAAUGAAUGUUCACAUAAAAAUGGUGAGCAUGUCAACAUGGCAGAAUCAAGUGGAAAUACUGAUGAAGAACUUAUAGUCUUGCUAGCACACCAUGAUUCCAGUAGCCAACAAGAUGUUUGGUAUUUGGACUCUGUUGAAGGCAAAGGGAAGAUCAAGAUCAUCCAGAAGGAUGGUAGAGAAGAAUACAUCUCCGAUACCUACUACAUACCAGGUAUGAAGAGCAACAUUCUGAGCAUUGGUCAACUGCUCCAGAAAGGGUACAUUAUACAUAUGGAGAACAUGCUUCUCACUCUCAGGAAUGCAAGGAGAAAGCUUAUUGCACGUGUUCGAAUGUCAAAGAACCGGAUGUUCCCGUUGAAUUUGAACACAAAGAUUGGAAGCUGCAACAUCGGUAUAAUGGAAGAUGAGUCAUGGAAAAAUGGCAUCUUCGAUUUGGCCAUCUUCAUUUCAAUGGCCUAA